AUGAUGUUCAGUUUUGUUAAAGACAGCUUUGAACCUGAGCAUUCUACCUCCGCUGUGUGUACUGCUAUAGUGAACUUUUCAGACUGUCAAUUAGAAGGCUGCAGCGACUCAUGCACAUGCGACUACCUUCAGCUAUUCAACGGACCUAACGUAUCCUCUCCGUCAAUCGGAAAUUACUGCGGGGCAGAGCCACUUAAGGGAUUCCAGUCGCAGUUGAACUCUUUCGGUAUUGUCUUCUCCACGGACCAUAGCGCUGGUUAUAAGGGUUUCAGACUGACGUACACUUUCACACAAGGCCCAUGCGACAGUGUUACGGGUGCAUGUGAAAAUGGGGUCUGUAAAAACGGAUGGAAAGGAAUAUCGUGUGAUGAAAGCUGCCAACUCGGAAGUUACAGCGUUAACUGUUCCCAGCAAUGCUACUGCCGUGUGGGUCCAUGCGGCGGUGUUACGGUGCAUGUGAAAAUGAUGGCUGUGACCUUUACAGACUUUUCACUGGAGUACCAUUUCAAGUGCAAUUAUGACUUCCUGGAGCUCUCCCACGAACCUAACGCCUCCUCUUCGUCAUUCGGGAAGUUCUGCGGGACAGCGCACCCCAGAGGAUUCCAGUCGCGCUCGAACUCUGUCGGUAUUUUCUUCUCCACAGACUCCGGCGUUAAUGCGAAGGGUUUCAAUCUGCCCUACGCAUUCUUCGAGCAAGGCUGCCAACUCGGAAGCUACAGCGUAAACUGCUCUAAGCACUGCCAUUGCCGUGUGGGCCCAUGCGACAGUGUUACGGUUGCUUGUGGAAAUGGGGGCUGUAAAGACGGAUGGAAAGGAAUAGCGUGCAAUGAAAAUCGCUGUCAGAUAUUACAGGUUUGUGGUCGACACUCCCAUGUCCACUUCGCUUAA